AUGGGGCUUUGUCACAUCCUGAAAGAUCACACAUACACUCUGGAGGAGUUCCAGGAGGCUCAGUACAACCAGCUGGGAGGAGGAACACCUGAGAUUGAGCUGCUGUUUGAAGAGGCUCCAGAGAAGAUGAGUUACACAGAACAGGCCAACAAGAGAUACCACUGUAGACGCCUCACCUGUUUCAUCCGGUUGGCUGACUACCUGAUGGUGAACACCAUGCACAUCCUGGCUGUGAACUCUGUGGCCAAACUACUGUCCGUCCUGCAGGACCAGAUCCAACACACCCCCACACACGCUGUCAUCCACAGCUGGGCCGACACCGAUGCUGCUGGAGACGGAGGUGGAGCCACGGAGGACUCCGACAGGAAGGCUACAGAGCCCACAGUGGAGGCUGUUCAUCUUCUACCCAUGUUUGUGUCGGAGCUGAUGCUGGAGACCCACGCUCUGACCUACGAACCCUCCGUAGACGUCUUCCAGGAGUGUGUGUCAGGGAUCAUCUCUAGGUUCCAGGAGACAGUGUUGUCAUUAGUUGUGUUGGUGACUGACUCCUACUUUGAUGCCUUCACUCAGCCCAUGAUCAACAGCAAGGUAGAGGAGAAGACGUGUGGUGACGGUCCUGGUCUGGAGGCCAUGUUAGAGGAUGAUAAACACCUUCUGAACAUCAUCCUCGACAUCAAGGUCAGCAUUCUGUGUCCUUUUAAAGGAGUGGCGUUCUUUGCUGAGAGUCUGAAGAAGUACCACAGCGAACAUAAAGAGGCCCUGGCCAUCAAACAGAAGAGGCACCUGGGCCUGCUGCUGGUAGACACCACUCUGCUUAAAGGGAAGCUCCUCCCCUCACCACUACGCUGUCUGGAGGUAGGAGGAGAGGAACAGUGUUCCCAGUGUUCCCAGGGCCUUUGCACUGUGGAGAUCUGA